UUCAGGGAGUCUCUCGUUCGCCUCGGCCCCUUCUAUGUCAAGCUGGGGCAGGCCCUGAGCACGCGCCCCGACAUCCUGCCGCCAGAGUACUGCGCUGAGCUGGCGCUGCUGCAGGAUCGCAUGGCGCCCUUCCCCUGCCACGUGGCACUUGCUACAGUGCAGCGCGAGCUGGGAGUGCCGCCCAGCGAGCUCUUUGCUGAGUUCAGCCCGGCUCCUGUGGCUGCUGCAUCACUCGGGCAGGUGUAUAAAGCCCGUCUGCGCUCAGGCGAGUGGGUGGCAGUGAAGAUCCAACGGCCAGCAGUGCAGCAGCAGAUCGCCCUGGACUCCCUCGUGGUGCGCCGGGUGGCAGCACUGCUGCAGCCCCUCGUGCAUGGCAGAUCCGAUCUCGUUGCCAUCGCCGACCAGCUGGUGUGCCGCAUGUUUGAUGAAGUGGACUACGAGCAGGAGGGGCGCAAUGCAGAGCGCUUCCAAGCGCUCUACGGCGACCACCGGCCCGAUCCAGGGCAAUCCAAGACCUCUCAGGGCACGCGUCGCGGCCUUGUGAAGGUUCCAAGAAUCUUCUGGAAGUACUCCAGUCGCCGCGUGCUCACGAUGGAGUGGAUCGACGGCAUCAAGCUCACGGACCGUGCAGGGCUGCUGCAAGCCGGCCUCAACACACAGUUUGUCGUGGACCUGGGAGUGUUCUGCUCGCUGCGCCAGCUGCUAGAGGAGGGCUUCUUCCACGCGGACCCGCACCCGGGCAAUCUGGUGGUGACACGUGGCGGCCAGCUGGCGUACUUCGACUUUGGCAUGAUGGGCGAGCUGCCACCUCAGCAGCGAAUCAGCAUCAUCCGCGCCGUUGUGCACUAUGUUAACCGUGACGCCCAGGGCCUAGCGCAGGACUUUCGAGCGCUGCACUUCAUUCCGCCACAGGCAGACGUGGCGCCCGUUGCUGCUGCGCUUGCAGAGGCGUUCCGGGAGGGGGAGGCGAGAAAGGGGGGGAGCAUGAGUGGCAGCACGAGUGGCAUGGACUUUCAGGGGGUCAUCCUGCGUCUCUCCUCUGUGAUGUACCGCUUCCGAUUCAGCCUGCCACCGCACCUCUCCCUCGUUGUGCGCGCUCUUGGCUCGCUAGAAGGCACGGCAACGACUCUCGACCCCAACUUCAAGGUGGUGGCAACCGCAUACCCAUUCAUCAUAGCGCGUCUGCUCUCAGACCCUUCACCAGACAUGCGGGCCAUUCUGCGCCAGAUGCUGCUCUGGCCCUCGGGGGCUAUCCGAUGGCAGCGCCUGCAGCGACUAGCGUCCGUGCUCUCAAAGCCAUCCCCACAUCGCUCCUCUGGGGUGGACUCAAACCCUCCAAGAGAACCCCAGGAGGGGCGGACAGAAGCACAGGUUGCAGCAGAGGAAGAGGAGAGGGAUGGUGCAAGGGUUUCACCAAAGGGAAAGGAGCGGGCAGCGUUGGGUGCGGAGGAGAUGCAGGGGGGACGACAGAGGGAUGAGCUGAGAGAGGGGGUGGAUGAGGCAGCGGUGGUGGCGGCAGCGGGGGAUUUUGAGACGUCUCAAGAGGAGAGGCAGGAGGGACAGAGGGGACAGAGGGAUGAGCUGAGGGAAGGGGUGGAUGAGGCAGCGGUGGUGGCAGCAGCGGGGGACUUCCUGGCGUAUGUGAUGUCUGCCGAGGGCAGCAGCACGCGAGCGUGGCUGGUUCUUGAUGCUGUGGCUGCGGGGCAGCGAUGGGUGGAUGGGAGGGUUGGUUCGACUGGAGAGUUGCUUCAGCAGCGGUGGGAGGAGGGGCAGCGGCUUGGGGCGUCUGGGGAGUUAAGUAGGGAGCAAGGAGUGGAGGAGGAUGUGGGGAGGAGGGAGGCCAGAGGAGAGAGGGGAGGGGAAGGAGAGGUGAGGCAGGAGGGUAGGGGAGAGAGGGGGGGGGAGGGAGGAUCGGGGGGUAGCAGAGUGAGUGGGUCUGCUGCAGGAUCCCCCCGUGGAGCCCUUGGGAUUGCUGGCUGCAGCAGUGCAGCGCUCCCCAGAGCUAUGGGUGCCGCUGCUCUCCCCCAUCCCCUUCCCACGUGUGUGGCCCACUCAUCCGCCCCCCAGGCACCUCUUGUGGACCCAUUAGGAGCACUGGCAGCAGCGGCUCCCCCAGUGGACCUGUUGGGAGCACUGGCAGCAGCCGUGCAACGCUCACCCGAAUUGCUCCCCCACCCCACUGGACCCUUUGGGAGCACUGGCAGCAACAGUGCAUCACGCGCCGGAGCUGUGGGCGCCGUUACUCUCCUCCAUCCUCUUCCCACCUGUGUGUCCCACUCAUCCCCCCUCCAGGCUCCCCCACUGGACCCUUUGGGAGCACUGGCGGCAGCGGUGCAGCGCGCACCAGAGCUGUGGGUGCCACUGCUGGUGGAGACAGCAGGCAGAGCGGAGGCAAGGGAGAUGGCUGGCAGGGUGGUGCGAGGGGUGGCCGCUCAUGCUGCCAACUCUGCUGUUGAAAGUACGCUGCUUGCCGUGUCACGGUGGCUCCACUCCCGUUAG